AUGGAUAUUUGGGGUAUAGUUCAACAAGACAAAAAUAUACAAACGAUUGUAUUACGAUCAGAAGAAGAUACCUUAUUACGAUUAACAAAACGAAUUGUCCCAUUACUCAUGCGGCACAAUUUCGAAAUCGAUGCUUGUGAUUUACUCGUUGAAAUUGAGCAUAUACAUUUAAUGAAACAAUUUGUUAAUAAAGAUAGAUACCCAAGAAUAUGUCUGUAUUUAACUAGAUCUGCUGAAUUAUUGCCGUUUGAUCGCGACGAAAUAAUGGAAACUCUUCUGAAGUGUUAUUUGAAAUAUAAGAAAUAUACCAAUGCUCUUCGUUGUGCUAUCCAUUUAACUAUUAAUCAACAGAAUUUCGUCAGUUAUGUUUUUCGUCAAUGUCAAUUAAAUAGUGAAGAAGAUUACAAAGAAUUGACAUAUAUUAUGUCGAACGAAUAUUUGUCAGUGUAUUUUCGAUCAGUCAUACGUCAAUUAGGAAUCAUAGAAGCUAAGCUUCCAGAAGAUAUUUACAAAACACAUUUAAUGAACACUACACAAACGAGUUUUAGUCAAAUCAUUUCGUCGAAACAAAAUUUAGCUUCAGUAUUUUUCAAUGCAUUAGUGAACUGUGGAUUUGGGCAUGAUAAACUUGUUAGUGAAGAUACCAAAUGGUUCACAAAAUAUGAAAAUGACGGUUUAUUGAGUGCCAUAGCAUCGUUAGGUUUAAUUAAUUUAUGGGAUGUUGAAGUUGGUCUGUGUUCAAUUGAUAAGUAUGCUUACAGUGAUGACGAUAAUUUGAAGUCUGGUGCAUUAUUGGCAUAUGGGAUCGUGACUUGUAGGGUACAAAAUGAUUUUGAUCCAGUUCUCUUCUUACUUCGAGAUUACGUAUCGCAUAAAACAACGCUGUAUCGUCUUGUAUCCAUAGUUGGGUUAGGACUUGCAUAUGCCGGAAGAAAUCGUAAAGACGUUGUUAAUUUAAUAAGUAAUGCAUUAAAAAUAGACACACCAUCUAUGGAACUGUUUGCCUUCGCGUGUUUAUCAAUCGGUGUAAUAUCCGUUGGUUCGUGUAAGAAAAAAAUUAUAAGAACAUUCUUAACUCUUCUCGUUAAACGAAGUAAACAAGAACUGAAUGGCAAAUUUGGCAAAUUUAUUGCAUUGGCAAUUGGAUUAUUAUUUUUGGGAAAAAGCGAUGCUGUUGAAGAAGUACUCAAAUGGUUAGAAGUAUUCUAUGAACCAUGGCGUUCCUUUGCAAGAAUACUCGUUGAAUGUUGCGCUUAUAGCGGUACUGGAAAUGUUUUGAAAAUUCAACAAAUGCUUCAUAUAUGUACUGCUGCAGUCAUUGGUAUCGCUGUAAUAGCGGCGGGUGAACAAAUUGGAUCUGAAAUGGCGUUACGAUUAUUUGAUCAUUUACUACGUUACGGUGAGCCAGUUAUCAAACGUACUGUGCCAUUAGCACUUGCUCUGUUGUCCGUUUCAAGUCUAAAAUUUAAUAUCAUUGAAACACUAAGUAAAUUUUCACACGAUGCUGACAACGAAGUAUCAUGCAAUUCAAUAUUUGCAAUGGGAAUGGUAGGAGCUGGUACAGGUAAUACACGUUUAGCACAGAUAUUGCGUCAAUUAGCUGUUUAUUAUUCCAAUGAUGAAAAUAAUUUAUUUAUGAUUCAAUUAGCUCAAGGUUUAAUUUAUCUUGGAAAAGGAACAAUGACAUUGAAUCCAUAUCACAGUGAUCGAAUGCUGUUAUGUCCGGUGGCAUUGGCUGGAAUAUUAGUCGUACUAGUCGCAUUUAUGGAUGUUAAGUCUACUAUUCUCGGACAACAUCAUUCAUUAUUAUACUUCUUAUCGUUGGCCAUUCGACCUCGAAUAUUGGUUACACUCGACGAAUCGUUAUGUCAGUUACCAUUACCAGUCCUAAUUGGACAAGCUAUUGAUGUUGUUGCUCAACCCGGUGAACCAAGAACAAUCACCGACUUUCGAAGAUAUACAACACCGGUUCUGUUGGCGUAUACUGAACGUGCCGAAUUAGAGACUGAAGAAUAUGUAACAUUGACGCCUAUACUCGAAGGAUUUGUUAUUGUAAAAAGAAAUCCAAAUUAUGCACUAUAA